AUGACUUGGCUUGAAGAGUUCCAUAAAGCUAGGCACACUACCAAAACUAGCAAGAAGAAAUCAGGUGAGAAGUGGACUGCUAGCUCUUAUGCUUCAAAACUUAAUGUAGAUGGAGCGUUCUUACCUUUUUUGACACAUGGAGGAGUUGGAGGUAUUCUAAGAGACUGCAAUGCGGGAUUGGGCAUUCGUGUUUCGAUUAAGCCAACGUAUCGGAUCACUCCUCCGCCUCAAUUGUUGACUCAAGUCAAAGACAUUCCCCGAAGCAAUUUCCAAUUUGACUUUGAUUUUGAGAGGAAAGUCUUGGCCAAAGCAGAGAAGGAAACUCCGAAUUGGGGCAAGGUGGGGCUGGACAACCUUCUUCCACAAAUUUCAAUAUCAUCUCAUCAGAGUGACAUCCAAGAGCAAAUGAAGAACUCACUAUCACAGAAGAUGCCUCAUAGGCUCAUACCAACAAAUGACAUAUCUUAAGAUCACCAAAUGUAAUAUGUAUGCCAAAACAGUUUUGUGACAGUGCAAUACAGUGUAGCUCUUCCUUUUCAAAAGAACCCCCGCAGCAGAGCGCGGGCAAUCUUUCUAGUGGAUCAUAAGGAAUGAGCGAGAUAUCAACAGUAAUUAUCCAACGAUCAAUCCCACGCUUCAACUCUUAAGAAACUCAUUAACAUAGCUCCCAUGAGGAAGUGGGAAGAUCUUUGUUUCAACAAAACCUACUGAUUUGGCUAGAUACUCAAAUUCAGCGAUCGUUCGCUCCUUACCACCGGGACUUGUGGUCAUCAUGAAUAUGUCGAGGUAGAACA